UUCCACGCACUUCCUUGGUUGUUUUUCUUCUGGAUGGUUGAUGUUGAAUCUUAAAUGAUAAGCUGAUGUUGAUGUUUGCUAUGUAGCGUGACACAAUGGACGAAAACAGUGGGGCUCCGCCUGAAUCAGUAAACCGCGCUUCAUGGGAGAAUUUCGAGGGAGAGAAUGGCAAGAUUAACAACCAUAUUUGUCACGAUAUUUCCUCUGGUGUGAAGGAAGAAAAUCUUUCUGACAACAGUGCAUUAAUUAGCGAUCCUAAAGCUCUCAGACAACCCGGUAAUUCUUCACUUAAUGGUGAGAAGAGCCUCACAGGAACUGACUUUAAGGAGAAUUUAGAUGAGAAAUCACAACAUUUGGAGACAUCGCCGAGCGCGAUAGAACAAUUUAAUCUUGAACCUGUAGUUGAUUCCUCGAAUCGUCUGGAAACGAGCGAUCAGGGAUUAGAUAACGCGUUAGGUAAUCGCGAAUCUUCUCUAAUAUCGAAUACAGGUGAACUGUCUACCGAAAAAAAUUUCAUUCAAUCAAUCGAUUUAUCGGAGCGCUCGGCAGAUGGUAUUGUGCUGAACGGAGAAAGCGAAUCACGCUUUUCAGCUGUCGACGAACCGCUUGCCGGAGAAAAGGUUAUUUCUUCAGCAAAAUGGACCACCUUUGAGGAUAGUCGUGAUAAAGAAUUGCACACAGAUGGAGUUGAAAGCAAAUCUGAAGAGUUAUCGAUCGACGAAAAACAGAAAAACUCGAAUAUAAACACACCCAGGACAACCCCGAACAUGGCGGCUUUUGAUUCCCAAGCCGCAGUAACCACAAAUAUUAUCUCCAAUUUGCCUACCGUAACCGACCCUGGUACCUUUGAGGUUCACUCUGCAUCAUUUAAUCAUAAAAAAAAUGGAGAAGGUUUAGCUUCGAAUUUGAAUUCUUUAUCUACGAGCGCUAUGCGAUCAGCUGUUCCUAUUGUCAACCAAGCUUCACCUAACGACAAUGGCGCCCUUCCCUUGUCUUCAGGCAGUUCACAGGAGCCCCGACCCAGCGAUACCUCAAUCACAAACCAUCUAAAAGGAACUGAAUGGGUCAGUUUUGGUGAGGAAGGGAAUUCCAAAGAAAACCAGGCGGGCAAAACAAGUGUAAGUGGGAACGAACAUGGUAACUUAGAAACGGCGAAGCGUCCUGUUGAAAACGAUCUUCGGAAAGGCGAUUUAGCUGUUAAUGACACAAAACAUACAUCAACCUCUACCGUUUUACGAGUAGAAAAGGAGUUGAAUGGAAAAAGUUCAGACCAAACGGCUUCAGUAAUUCCUCCCGUGUCGUUUACCUCGGCCGAAUUGGAUUUACUUGCGAGUAAAUCGUGGAUACAGUUCGAUGAGUCUAGCAACAGUAAGUCAGUGCUGCAAUCGAACUCAAGCGUUGUUCAAACAUCGUCCGCUUCUCACUCGUGGGUCACGUUUGGUGAUUCCAACAUCCCGGUAGGUCAGAAUUUAGACCCUUUAGAGUUGGAUGUUAGUAGUAAGAGCCAAUUCAGUCUUUCAACAUCGAGAAGCCCAAAUCCAUUCACAACGCUACCUCCUUCAUCAACAACCAAUCCUUUCAAGCCUGCUACGCCAAGUAAUUCAAAUCCAUUCCAGGCUGAUGCUACCGCUGUUGUUUCUUCAAGCCCUUAUUCUAUAUCAGGUCAAAGUCCAAUUUCUUCUUCAACACCUCUUACUGGUGUGAAAAAAAUGUUGGUCUCUGAGGGUAGUCUACAAGAGGCUGGUUUACCACCCACAGCUGAUUUGAACAUUCCCCAUGGUGUGUGUCCUCUCAGUAACUCAACACCAGUUGACAACAACCAGGCAGUGGUUGCUCAAGAUCAAGUUGAUGUAAGAUCUAAAGUACCAGUUAGUAAAACUCAGCAGCCUGCCCAAGUUUGUGAAGAGCCACUGCACGAGGAGAGGUCAUUGACCACAAGUGGCUCAUGGUCUAUGCUUCUCCGCUUCCCUGACAAGAAACGGAAAAUUGGAUCUCGUGAGUGGAAGCCAGUGGUUAUAAAGUUAGAGGGUACCACCUUACAGAUUUUUGAGGAGUAUGAAUUAUCAGCACCCUUCAGAGAGAUUCCUCUACAAGCAUAUUUUGUGUUCACGACACCAAAGUUGCAGUCCUUUGAACAUGGAGCUAAAGUUCAUGCAGUUAAGUUAGAGUAUGUUAAGUACUCAGAAACUAGAAGCCUACGUCAUCGUGGCACUGUUGAACAUGUGGCACAAGGAACACCCAUCAUUAAAGUGGCAUCUCCAAGUCACAAAGUCAUCAGAGAACUUCUUGAAUCUUUCAACAACUCUCUUCGUCUUCUUCCAUCUUACAGAGACAGAGGAAUAACAUACCGUCAUGAUGAAGUGUUUGUUGAUAUUGAAGAUGUCACAAAUGUUCUAUCAUCUGGUGAUGGUACCAUUCUAAAGAAGAAUUCAAAAGUUUUAGUCAAGUUUCGUGCUUUUCUUACAGGUGAUCCUGAAUGUCAGUUAGUUCUAAAUGAUAUUGUUCUAAGAGAACGAGAGGAAGCUCGUCUACAAUCCGAGGAAAAACCUCAGAGGGUUCAUCAUUGGGUGAAACUGCGUCGUUGUGAUUUUCAUAAGUGUGUCAAUGUCACAACUUUUGAACAAUCACAUGCUAUUACAUUUCAUCCAUUAGAUGCAUGUACUUUUGAGCUCAUGCGAUUUCCAGUUGACCAUCACAAGCCUUUACCUCUUCUGUUAAAGACUGUGUUGAAUGUCCAUAGUGAGCAAAGAGUUGAACUCAAAGUAGAAAUCCAAGUGUGUCAGGAAGCAAAGAUGGCGAAGUACAUUCGAAACAAUGUGAUUUUCAGAUUUCCCAUUCCAGAAACUUGGGUACCUCUUUUUAGAACAACAAAGGCGUUUAGAGGCGAGAAGUCCAUCAAAUCCAGUAAGGGGAACCGAGCUGCAGGAAUUAAGAGCAGACUAAGGAAUUCUAAGUGUUCCAUUGCUGUGUCUCUUGGCAAAGCAAAGUAUGAACCAGAAUAUGCAUCUGUGGUGUGGAGAAUUGAUCAACUACCUUUCAUCCACAGCAGAAUUCCAGCGGAUGCACCACAAACACUCACGUGUGUUCUAGAUCUGCCUCCUGGAAUGGAAUACCCAGAAAACUUCAAACCCACUGCAGAGCUUGAGUAUGAUGUGGCCUAUGUACUAGUUUCGGAUACCACAGUGAUUGCUGUUAAAGUAUCCAAUCAGAACAUUCCUGACAAAUGGGUCUGCUACAGGGCACUGUACCACUAUGAGGUCAACAUUGACAUUUCCAGACCAGCCUCUGGUCCAGUCAGAGAUGUCGGGUGUACACAGCAGUAGGAGGAAGCAGGACAAGAGUACUGUUCUCAGUUAUAUUUGGUCGGGUGAACGAAUUCUAAUGGAUGACAGUGUCAUAAUGGAAGGCCAAAUACAUGUCACCUUGGCCAUGGUUUGCGAUGAAUUGUUGAGUCUUACCUACAUAUUUUAUAUUUUCUGUUGUUGCUGUACUUUUUUUGUUAAAAGAAUGGGUGAGGAAUAGCAACUCUUAAAGAAACUGCAGGAAUAUCAUAUUGUUUUCAGCCAUUUUUAAGUAACAUUUUAGAGAAUUUGACUUGAAAUAGUUUGGUAGUGUGGAAAAACAUCAAAGAGAUAAAAAUUUUCUGAAAAGGAAUGAGAGUGUUCAUAGAUGGAUAGGAUAAAUGCAGAUUGCCAACAUUGAACCCAAAGCAUUCAGGUUUUUUUUUUAUUAGUUUUAAUUUUUUUUGUGAUUAUGUGCAAACUGUGCUGUGGCUCUGGUUAGAAAAACAUUUUUAUUUUUAGAGUUCAAUCCUGAGCCAAGUUCAUAAGAUUUUCUUGAGCAGCUCUGCCUUCUUUCUGUUUCAUUCCUUUUUUUGUUUUCAAUUUUAAGAUAGGUGUAAUCCAUAAUGAUGGUGACAUGAUUAUGGAGUUCACCUAUUUUUUGUGAGACUCUUUCACAUGCUCUUUCUUUUUGGUUUAUAUUUUGGCUCAAGUAUUGACAGCUGCUUUCUGUUCAGGAAAAUCUUUCCAACAGUGUAAUUAACAAUUUCCUAAAGAAACUGUUGUGUCAAUCAAAUGAAUGGUCUCAAGUCAAGUGCUAAAAAUUGCAUGUGGUAUUGCAUUCCAAUUUUUCAGGCUAGAAUAUCAAAAAUUUGUUGCUUAGAACUUGUGGCUUGUAAACUUGCCUGUGAGUAAUUAAUAAGAA